AUGCCACCCGGAUUUAUAGGUACUCGUGGAAAAAGGAAUGACAUUCAAGAUAGGCCUUCACCGAAUUUCGAUAUGGGAAUGAACGAUAAAGGAAAUAAUAUUUUGCCUGAACUUUUUGAAAUUCCUACUAAAAAGCAAGAUUUUCCACCUGGGUUUAUAGCAGUAAGAGGAAGACGUCAAGAUGUCCCUCCAGGUUUCGUUGCUGUCCGAGGAAAAAGACAAGUAGAUCCGGGAUUUAUUGCAGUUCGGGGAAGAAGAGAUGACAUUUUCCCUGGGUUUGUGGCUGUUCGAGGAAAAAAACAAAACGUAGAUCCAGGUUUUAUAGCAAGUCGUGGUAGAAGACAAUAUGUAGAUCCCGGAUUUAUUGCAGGUCGCGGAAGGAGGAAUGGUGGCAAGAGCAUAAGUGUGGAUCCUGGAUUUAUUGCAGGAAGAGGUAAAAGAAACGAUGAUUCAACUGAUUUUAUGGCAAUUAGAGAACCAAGGCAAGACGUAAUAGAUCCAGGUUUUAUUGCUGUUCGUGGAAAACGGAAUAUUGACAUGCCUAGCGAUGUAAACGUUAUCAAAAAUAGAAAAAUCCAUUCCUCUAAUUCUAUGAUAAUACACGGAAAAAUACAAGAUAAACAACCUACAUUUGUGGAAAUCCGCAAGAAAAGAAGUGCUCCUCUUGAAUUUAUAGAAAAUCAAGCAAAAUCAGAAUAUUUAUUUGAUAUUCCCUUGAUAUUGCUUUCAGAAAGAUACGAUUUAGUUGAUGAUUUAAACGGAAACUCUGAAACAGAUUUUUCUAAAAGAUUUGAUAAUUUUCCACCAGGAUUUAUAGCAGUUCGUGGUAAAAGGAAAUCAGAAUUUACAUAUGAAAAUAUGACUAAUGGAGAUCUAAUUGAUUGCACGAAAGCACAAGUUGCAUUAUGUCGUUGGUUUGUCGCUACAAAAGGUUAA